AUAAUCAAUGAAGAAUAAUAUUAAGAAGAGUCUCCUAAACCCUAGUUUAUCCUCUCAACUCCUAAUUUCUAUUCUCUCCCAAUCCAAGACCUCGGCCAAUUCCCAAUUCUAUAAUAUUCUUUCUCAUCUAAAUCCCUCAUCCCAACCCUAAAUCCCUAUUCGUUACAAGUAGUUGCGGGUGCUGAAGAUCAGUCCCUAGAAUCCUUAACAAAAGGGUUCUUUCAGUCACUGCACUAGGUCAGCUGUGACGGUGAGGUAGAUUCUGUCAUCUUUUCUAGUGGGAUAACUGUGUUCACCAAACGUGGAGAGCUUAGGCAAGGGAGCCUACGAGGUUCAAUUGAUUGGCAGAUGGAAUAUCAAUGACAAGGAAGCCUUAGUGGAAGAUGGAGUUUUGGAACCCCUCUCUCGAAUUUUAGAUGGCCCAUCGAGCCCCGGUCUGCAGGAGAUUGCCAUUAGUGCACUUCCAAUCCUUUCAAAAGAUCUCCACGGGGCAAGAAGAAUACUGGCAUGUGGGAUUAGAUUCAUUGUCGAAGUCUUGAACGGUGCCACCACGCUCUUUGCCAAACGUAUGCAGCAGACACAAUAAUUCAGCUGGGCUCGCAUGAUGAAAUUAUAAAAGCAGAGGAUGCCCUACCGGGACUAAUAAGGUUACUUGAAACUGGGGCAAUAACUGAGGCAGCGGGGGCAAUCUUAGCCAUACAUUGAAGGAAGCUACGCUUCUGCCCUGGGUUGUUAGGCGUUGUUCCCGUCUUCAUUGAUAUGAUUAGAUCUUGGGAGGAAGGUGUCAACACGAAAUGUGGGCUGGAGCUCCUUAGCCAUCUGUGCGAGACACCGGAAGGGGCACCCGUACUUUGUAGGAACGAUGAAAUUACAGCUAUUCUGAUACGACUUGUGAAGACCAUAAGGCACAUGAAGAUGAAAAAUAUCUGCCUCCUAACAUUGCUGAGCAUUUGUGAAACUAGAGAAGAGUAUGUGGAUGAAGGUGAUAUUGAAAGGUUUGCAGUCCAUAUGUUAAUAGUGAACGGUCAGGAGCCUGCCCAUCUACUGGAUUCUAUGGCGGCUAAUGAGAUAAGUUAUGCUGACAGACUCAUACAGACCGUCAAAAGGUCCUUCGACUCGUCAUGUGAUUAAGAUAAGCUUAAUAUUCUUUUUUAUAGGUUAUGGUGACCCAUAAGACAAUGUGAUUGAUAGGGUUAAUAUUCUUUUGUAUAGGUUGUUGUUAGCAAUGAGUUGUAUGAAAGAAGGUUCUACUCGACUGGUUCCAUCUCUUACAUACCAUUCAUCAACAUAAGCAAUGGUGGCCUAAAGAGUUACAGAAUUACAACAACAAUAUGCAAAGGCAGGAAGGCUGAGAGGGUCGAAUAAGAAUUACUUGUUGUCGCAAGGUGGAAGGCACGUUUGAAGUGCACAUCGAAACCAAAAUGUUUGUAUAGCGCAUUUAGUUCAUUAAAUCUGUUCAGACACGCAUAGAUAGUGGAGUUGUGUCAUAUCUCUACAAGCUUGCAAUCUGAUAAGCAAGUAAGCAACUUCAGUUUCUUCGAAGAAGCAUUGGUAAUAGAAGUGGGAUCUUGACAAGUUUAUUAAAUCAACUAAACAAACAAACACUAGGAAUGAAAGAAAGUAGAGUAUGGUUGCUUCAUUGGAUAACCAAAUUAUAUUGAAUAACAGCCUAUGCAUAUCCAAUACUCAAUGGAUAACCAAAUCAUAUUGCAUAAUAGCCUAUGAGACUUCAAAGUUCAUCUCAACCUAUGCCUAUCCCAUACUCAAUCAAGUAAACUACCACAUCCUUUAACACAAGUAUAUAAAAACCUCACAUCUUUUUACCAAAAAAAAAAUUCUCCUAUAGGUCAGUUCCUGAAAAAUAGGUUUCACAAGCCAUAAUCUUCCAUAAUACUCUGUAUUAUCAACAGAAAGUUGAGGGCGAGCCAUACGAUUCCGGACUACGAUUGGAAAAAACUAAUAUCGUCAACUUCGUCGAAUUGUAGAGAAACGACAAUUUGAUGUCAUUCAAUUUGCAUUCGUGGCAAGCACUAGGGAAUACUCACAAACUCAUUUUAUAAUAUUCGCAUGCCCCGAAAUGAGCAUUCGAUGCUGCAAAGGAACAUAUUCAUCGUUAUAGGUGCUACUAUUCUUAAAAACAGCAAUGUCUAUUCACGUACACUACUUAUAAAAAAACUUCGAUGCCAUCCAAGGGUUACAAAAAACUUACAUCAUUAUGCCGGACUAUGUUGGAAAAAACUUACAUCAUCAACUAUGCGUCGAAUUGCAGAGAAACGACACUUCGAUGCCAUCCAAUUCGCAUUCGUGGCAAGCACUAGGGGAUACUCACAAACUCAUUUUAUAAUAUUCGCAUGCCCCGAAAUGAGUAUUCGAUGGUGAGAAAGAAAAUAUUCAUUGUAAUACGUGCUACUAUUCUUAAAAAGAGCAACGUCUAUUAACGUACAAUACUUUUCAUAUUCGCGUAGUGUGAAACAAUUAUUCGCAACAUAUGGGAGAAUGAGACUAAAGGGGUACGGAAAGGAGAUUUGGAGAAGGACUUCCUCAUUACGAGAUAAUCGAUGAAGUUACAUCAUCAACUAUGCGUCGAAUUGCAGGGAAACGACAAUUCGAUGUUAUCCAAUUCGCAUUCGUGGCUAGCACAGGGGAAUAUUCAAAAAGACAUUAUUAUAUUCGCAUGCACCAAAAUGAGUAUUCGGUGCUUCAAAGGAAAAUAUUCAUCGUAAUACGAGCUACUAUUCUUAAAAUAGCAACGUCUAUUGACGUACACUACUUAUAAUAUUCGCAUAGAGUGAAACAACCAUUCGCAGCAUAUCGGAGAAUGAGACUAAAGGGGUACAAAAAAGGGGAUUUGAGCAUAUUCUUCGUACUUCGAGCUAGCUAAUGCUAUGCCGGACUAUGAUUGAAAAAAAAACUUACAUCAUCAACUAUUCGUAGAAUUGCAGAGAAACGACAAUUCGAUUCUAUCCAAUUCGCAUUUUGGCACACACAUGAGAAUAUUUACAAAAUCAUUUUAUAAUAUUCUCAUGCAUUGUACUUCUAGCUACUAUUCUUAAAACUAUUCGAUGAUGCACCAGACAAUAUUCAUCGUAAUAAGAGAUACAAUUCUUA